AUGCUCCGUCGUCAAGCGCGCGAGCGCCGCGAAUAUGUGUACAAAAAGGCACUAGAGUCCAAGCAGCGGCAACUGUAUGAGCGAAAGCAAAAGAUUCGCGAAGCGCUUGCGAGUGGCAAACCAUUGCCACCUGAGCUGCGCGGCGCGGAGGCCGAGGAACUCGCUAGGAACCUGUCGCUCGAUGCGGCGCAGGCCGAGCCGAUGACAUCCAUUGACGACGAGUACUCGCGUGCUGGACAGUAUGAUCCACGCAUACUCAUUACAACGUCGCGCAGCCCCUCGUCACGGCUCUCGCAAUUCGCUAAAGAGCUGCGGCUGGUGUUUCCCAACUCGACACGGCUGAAUCGUGGUGGAUAUACCAUGCCUGAGCUCGCAGCGGCAGCCCGAGCGAACGGUAUGACGGACAUGAUUGUGGUGCACGAGCACCGAGGUGUACCAGAUGCGAUGGUCGUCUCUCAUUUCCCGCAUGGUCCCACCGUCAUGUUUACGCUGCACAAUGUGACCCUGCGUCACGAGGUGGCAAGUCACGCAAACUCGACCGUAAGUGAACAAUACCCCCACCUGAUCUUUGACGGCUUUGGUGGCCGGCUUGGCGAGCGUGUCAAGAGCGCGCUGCGCUUCCUUUUUCCCGUGCCAAAAGACGAUGCACGCCGCGUCAUGACGUUUGCCAACCGCAACGAUUUUAUUAGUUUCCGGCACCAUGUGUUCAUUGCGACGCACCGCGACGUUCACCUGGCCGAAGUCGGGCCGCGCUUUGAUCUGCGCCCGUACGAGAUCCGACUCGGCACGCUCGAGCAGGGCGAGGCGGACGUUGAAUGGGUCCUGCGUCCGUACAUGAACACAACACGCAAGCGCAGUCAGCUGGCGGAAUAG